AUUUUCUAUCGCAAGAUAAACUAGCAAAAUAUCUGGCCAAUCUUUUUGCCCAGAGACAGCUGGUUAUCCGAGAGUUGCUGGUUGCAGGCCAUUUGACGAAAACACCGUCUCCCAUACUCCUAAAUUCUUCGCAUGCCGGCAUGGCCCCAAGAAAUCCCCCGAUGCUGGCCGCCGCGACCAGCACGAGUCCGAGAAACACAGCGGCAGUCUUUACCUGUGAGACUCCAGCAUGCGGAGGUUUUUCAGACCAGCGCUCGUUGCUCCGUCACUUGGAAACUUCAAGCAGGCAUGUGCCAAAGGACUCACCAGCUUUUGCGAACAGGUCCUACCGAUGUCGCUGUGGGAAAUCAGCGUUACGGAAGGAUAACCGUUUCAGACAUUUGCGUUCUUGUGUCUGCACAGAGGGAGAGGGGACGUACAGAUGCAAAUGCGGGAGAGAGGAUGAUGAUGAAUUGGAGCAUACCACGCACUCCAGGAUGUGUGGUGUGAAGCGCAGGGGAAGAGGACUUAUUCGACAAUGUUGAACAGAAUAGAGGCAUAGUGAGGAACUUAGUAACUUUCAAAAUGCGUGAUAAAUGAAAUAAGAGGAUAAUCGUUCCUGG